ACUUUGGCUUUGCCAUCAUUAUCAAUUAGAUAUCUUCUUCUACGACACUAGUGCAGCUAGCUUACCUCGGCUCUCACCGAUUCCAGUCCUUAACCGGGCUCUGAUCGGUGAGAAUAACUUGCUUGUAAACCAGCUCGACACGACUCUCUCAGCUCGAGUGGCGGCGGCUGCAUCCAGCGGCAGUGCAGCAGCAGCAUCCUCCGUGUUGUCUAUUGCUCAGGACAAUUGGCAAUUGACUCGCCGGUUCUUUAUGGUUGACAACGUUGCUGGAAAGACAGUUGGCAACACAAACUGUAAGUCAUGUUUGUAUACGCCAUACACUUCUGUCUAG